AGCUGUAAUCAGCACGCAUUUUUUUUGGCAUGCCAAAACAUCGGAAGAAACGUCUCUAUAGUUCAUAAUUAUCCAUUGGCAAAUCCCCUCCAUAGUAAACCAUGAUAAAAUUUUAUGGGAUUUUCCAUAGUCUUCUAACCACUGUCUGUUUGUAUGUUCUCGUCUCUUUGGGAUCGGCAUUGAGAGAAUCGGAAGACAAUCUUGAGAAGCCUCUUCGAUCUUCGUGGGAUUGGCAUUUGUUCUCCAGCGAAGACUUCGCCACAAUGUUUUCCUCGGUUGUCUCCGGAAUUUCGGCCAUCGUCAUGAUGGUUGGCGGGGCGGUACCUUACAUUCCACAGUAUCGAUCGAUCAGACAGAACCAGAAUGCUGAAGGUUUCAACUUUGUGUGCUUGGCGCUUCUUACUGCCAAUAUUCUGCGGAUUAUGUUCUGGUUUGGCAAACCAUUUGAGCUUCCAUUACUUAUCCAGAGCUUCAUUAUGAUCGCAACUAUGUUGUUGAUUCUGCGAUUGGUUGUCACUGUCAGACAGCGCACUGGAGCUGCCGGAUCGACAAGGAAACAUUUUCGCGAGAUGAACGUGAAAGAUUUUUGGCAGUGGACAGAUUUUCAAAGUUAUGUGGAAUUUCUGGCCUGCUUUACGACGUUUUGCGUUGUAUUGUAUCUUUUAUUUGGAUCCAGUUUUCUGUUCAUUGAAACUAUUGGAUUUUUGGCGGUUUUCACGGAAGCCAUGCUGGGUGUACCGCAGUUCUAUCGAAAUUUCCAGAACAAAUCAACAGCGGGGAUGAGUGUUGCAAUGGUUGCUAUGUGGACUUCCGGUGAUGUUUUCAAAACUGUGUAUUUCAUUGCCCGUGCAGCGCCCAUUCAGUUCGUUAUCUGCGGCAUUCUCCAAGUAUGUAUUGACAUCGCGAUUCUUCUGCAAGUUUUGGUGUACGGCUCUAGUGGAAGUAAUCGAUCGUUCCGGGAAAUUCCAAAAAAGUCGAUCAUAUAACUGUUGAAUUAUCUUCGGAUUGGUUCUAGUCUGUGUUAAAAUGCGCUAGAACUUUUAUUAGUUAGCCAAAGAAUACCAGAACAGUAUACUGUGUUCCAUGACUGAUCUUACUUUUUAACUGUUUUUCCGUGCUCGUUUCGUUAAUGGUAACGUUUGUGGUGAUACUUUGCAUUGUGUAAUGCUGGUUUCCGCUCUGCUGUGGUAAAUAAACGUCGAAAAGGA